UUCACGUAGGUGUGUUGGGCUGCCAGUUACAAUGUUGAAGUCACCUUUUGUUUUAUUUGUUGCAAGUGCUGUGCUGUUUUAUAGCACAUUUGCAGGUUCAAUUGAGACUUACGAGGAAUCAAAUUCUUCGUCUGCCUCAUCAUCUGGUAGUUCUUCUUAUUCAUCAACAGAAACCAAAGAUGGCAAAACCAGCUCCAAUUCAAAUAGCUCUGCGUACGCUGACGCCAGCGCCAACAGCUCCUACAAAUCAGGCACCAAAGUUAAAUGCUGUAAGAACGAGAGAUAUGUGAAGUGUCCUACCAUACUCUGCGUGCCUAACACUUGCGACCAGCUCGGGAAACCUAUCUCAUGUCCCCGCAUAGAUCCCAAUCGCUGUCCCGAUAAACCUGCCUGCGUCUGCAUAGAGGGCUACGUCAGGGACUGCAAUGGAGUCUGCAUCCCUAAAAUGCAAUGCCCAUCCUGUGGUGGGGACCCUAACGCUGAAGCAGGCUGUGGUUUUCUCUGUGGUCCAAAAUGUAGCGGGAACCGACCUGUCCCAGAGGACUGCCCCUGUUUACUCAAUGGAUGUGUCUGCAAACCUGGAUUCCUUUACGACGACAAGCAAGGGAAAUGUGUGAAAGAAGGACAAUGCUCUGCUCUCUGCCCGAAUCCGAACGAGAUAUACGACUCAUGCCCCUUGGCCUGUCCACCGAGACAGUGUGGUAUUGACGACCGGGCUGUGCUAUGCGCUGCAGGACAACCGUGCCUGCCGCCUGGCUGCCGCUGUCAGGACGGUUUCGUUAGGAACGACAAGGGCGUCUGCGUGACUAGAGAAGAAUGUCCGCCUUGUCAACAGAACGAGGUGUACACUACAUGCGCUAACGGUGGAUGCGGCAAAUGGAACUGCACUCAGUACUACGAGCCGGACCUUUGCAUAGACCCGCUUGAAUGCAUACCAGGCUGCGUGUGCCAGGACAAAUAUUUGCGUGGACCAGAUGGUACCUGCAUACCACAGGACGAUUGUCCCGCUGCUCUCUGCCCGAAUCCGAACGAGAUAUACGACUCAUGCCCCUUGGCCUGUCCACCGAGACAGUGUGGUAUUGACGACCGGGCUGUACUGUGCGCUGCAGGACAACCGUGCUUGCCGCCUGGCUGCCGCUGCAAGGACGGUUUUGUCAGGAACGACAAGGGCGUCUGCGUGACUAGGGAAGAAUGUCCGCCUUGUCAACAGAACGAGGUGUACACUACAUGCGCUAACGGUGGAUGCGGUAAAUGGAACUGCACUCAGUACUACGAGCCGGACCUUUGCAUAGACCCGCUUGAAUGCAUACCAGGCUGCGUGUGCCGGGAAAAAUAUUUGCGUGGACCAGAUGGUACCUGCAUACCACAGGACGAUUGUCCCGCUGCUCUCUGCCCGAAUUCGAACGAAAUAUACGACUCAUGCCCCUUAGCCUGUCCACCGAGACAGUGCGGUAUCGACGACCGGGCUGUGCUAUGCGCUGCAGGACAACCGUGCCUGCCGCCUGGCUGCCGCUGUCAGGACGGUUUCGUUAGGAACGACAAGGGCGUCUGCGUGACUAGGGAAGAAUGUCCGCCAGAGCCAGGCACCUACACGUGUGAUGAUUCCGUCGAACAACUGCUUUCUGAUGGAAAUAAUGCAUUUACUGGAAUAUUCAUGCAUGAAUCCAUGCAGACAUACCCCAACCAAAGCUGUAUUAUGUCAGCAUUCUCUGUAUUCGUUCCAUUAGGAGAGUUCAUGAUGUACAGCGGUGGUAAUACACGCAACCAGUUAAAGAAAAUCCUCAAUCUUCGAAGUGAUGAUGAUGUAAGAUGCGUUUUCCCCCGACUGACGAAAAGACUCCAAGCAGAACAGAACGUCAUUUUGAAUAUGGCAAGCAGGACCUUUCCAUCCGACGUAUAUCCACUUUCCGAUGGUUUUGUGGAGGAGACGCGCGAAAUAUUCGGCGCUGGUGUUGAACCCCUCAAUUUUAACCAACCGCAAGCUGCGGCAGAUCGGAUCAAUGCAUGGGUGGCAAAUGAAACUAAUGAUCGUAUCAAAGACAUCGCCACACCGAGCAUGUUCAACGGAGAUACUCGUUUAGUUAUAGCUAACGCCAUAUACUUCUUGGGUAACUGGGUCGACCAAUUUAACCCAAACAACACCAAAGACCGUGACUUCCAUGUGAACAACCAGAAAACUGUCAAAAUCCCAACUAUGUACCAAGAGUCGUCCUUUAGUUAUGGAGAAAAUGAUACUCUGGAUUGUAAAAUGUUACAAAUGGACUACAAGGGUGGCAACUUCUCAUUUUUGAUAUAUCUACCAAACGAUGUAGAAGGCUUACCGGCUCUGAUUGAAAAGCUUAAACAACCCGGUGUAUUUUCUGAUUCGUACCAAGCAAUGUUUUAUGCUAAGGUCCAAGUACAUUUGCCAAAAAUCAAAACCGAAUCCGAAUUUGAUCUAGCUGACAUAUUGAAAUCGGCAGGUGUAACAGAUCUUUUUGAUGCCAGCAAAUCAAACCUGACUGGUAUUUUGAAAGUAGAUGAUCCUUUAUUCGUUUCGGCGGCCAAACAAAAAGCGUUUUGUCUUGUGGAUGAAACUGGAACAGAAGCUGCUGCAGCUAACAUAUUUGUUGUGGGCGUAACAUCAGUUAUGGAACCACCGAAAGUAUACUCCUUCGACGCUAAACAGCCGUUCGCAUUCUACGUCUUAUAUGAACAGCGUAUCCCAAUAUUCAGUGGAAUAUUCUAUGGCGAUUCAGCCCCAUGAGUAUUUGGUAUACGCGCUACAGCAGUCUUGAGACCACCGAAAAUAUACAAAUUUGAUGCUAAUCAACCAUUUGCCUUCUACAUUCUAUAUGACAAGCGAAUCCCAAUAUUCAGUGGGACAUUC